ACUCCCAGCAGUCAUAAGCGGUUUCUUCGUUGAUGUUUCACUUUGCUGCUUCAGUUGUUCGUAGAGGAGAAGAAAAGGGAAAGAAGAUUCGGGGAAAACCCAUUCACCAAUAGCAAUUGGGGAUUGGAAAAUCCGGGUCAAGUUUUGAACUUGAGGUAGAACGAAGCCUGUGGUGAGUGAGAUUCAAUGGAGGAUGAUACAUGGAGGUUUGGCAUCUCAAGUAGCUCUCAGUUGAGUCUUAUGUCACGGAAUGAUGUUUGCAUUGAUUUUGAAGAUGAUGAUGAUGAACUGAGGACAGAAUAUCCAUGCCCAUUUUGUUCGGAGGAUUUUGAUUUAGUUGAAUUUUGCUGCCAUAUUGAUAAGGAGCAUCCUGUUGAAGCUGAGUCCGGGGUAUGCCCUAUUUGUGCUACCAGGGUGGGAAUUAACAUGGUUGGACACAUAACAACACAGCAUGGGAGCAUUUUAAAGAUAUCCUUUUAACUUGUAUAAGUUCAAACCCACUACCUUGUGUAGUUUAUUUCAUUUUUGCUUGGAAGUUUUCUGACCUGACAUCUCCUGUUUAUCCAUAACUAACUAUCAUAUUACCAAGACAAUAGUAUGAGGCUCAUAAUCUGUAUUCCUUGACAAUCAAUUACAGUCACCACAGAUUGAGACUUCACAGAGGUUCAACGCGUUCUUCCUUAAGGAGGGAGCUCCUUGAUGAACAUUUUCAGUCACUUCCUUCUAGGUCAUCAUCUACAACCUCUUCCUCCAAAAUGGCACUUGAUCCAUUGCUUUCAUUUCUUUCCUGUGUAGCUCUGCCUGAUCAGCCUGAGAGUAUACAGCCAACCACUUCAACUAAUGUGAGCUUAGAGGAAACUAGGUCAGAUGAGAAAAUCUUAGAGAAGUAAGUUUGAUUUACGCAUUCUAACCAUGUUGAGCCUUUUAUUUUAUUUUAUUUUUGAUGCUUUCUUUUAAAGCAUAAUUUUUUGGGAAAAUGGUCACAGUGCUGGUAAUGGAUGUUAAGUUGAGACAAUCUGUUAAUACUCUGUUUCAGAAACUGUGUAACUAUAAUAGGCAAAAAUAUCUAAAGAAUCAAGGACUUAGAGAUGAGAGUGAGGAUUUGGACUAGCAUGGAAUCCUAGAGUGCUGAUUUAGGUGGUUGAGUUUUUGGUUUUGCUAGUGAUUAUACUAUAUUGGUGAAAAGUAACAAGUCAGCUGAUUAUGAGAAACCUGAGGAGGUACAAUUACAACUUGGAUGUAGAAGCAAAAUUUAUCUUUAGAUAGCAUGGAGGCAAUCUAGACAGUCAUUAUUAUAAGAUUUUAGGAGACAAUAAUCAUUUGAGAGAAGAAAAAGUGUUAUUAUGAACAAUAGAGAUUAAUUAAAUCACAAUUAGAAUU